CUCGCUGGAAAGGUAUUGAAGGUUCACUCGUAUGUCAGGAAAGUGUCGGGCUGGCGGAUCUUAGGAUCGGAGAGAGCAUAUCUAGGUGUUGAUAAGAAGAGGGGGACAUGUCGGAGCGAGUAGCGUCAUGUGGAAACCUGUACGAUACGAGCACGCUUCUGUUGCGAUAUUGCAACGAUGAUAAUCUCUCUGCUGGCAGUGGGAUGGAAAUGGAUGACCGUCUUUCCCACCUGGAGCAAAGGGUACAGUUGCAGGAGGAUGAGAUCCAGCUGUUGAAGGCGGCACUGGCAGAUGCUUUGAGAAGGCUGGGUUGCUGUGAGGAGAUUACGCAGGCCAGUAACAGGAAAGGGGGACCUACGAAAGUUCGACAAAUAAUGCAAGCUCUGCCAUCCAAGCCUCUGACCAAUGGGUACGUUCAAAUAAAACGCUUGAGUGGCUAUCCAUCCUCCCCUUCUUCUCCUAAAAAAGAUGCGAUCGCAUCUAUCAAAAGGAAGAGUAUGUCAACGGAACGUCUGUCCACUGUGAAGAAAGAGGCAGCAGACUCCCGCAUCAGGACCAUCUCAUCCAGCAGCUCAUCUGGUGGAAAGAGAGACAGCAAAACCAAAGAAUGUACUUUCAAUGCUGAUGAUGGUUACGUGAGGAUGUUUCUACGUGGCCGUCCAAUCACGAUGCAUAUUCCUGACCAGCAGAGGGACAGCUACAGUCUUGACAACCGGAUUGCCCUGCCAGAACGCAAGCUUAAGCUUCAGUGGGUGUAUGGGUAUAGGGGCAGAGACUGCCGUUCCAACCUUUACUUGCUGCCGACAGGAGAGAUUGUGUACUUCAAUGCUUCUGUAGUGGUGCUGUACAAUGUAGAGGAACAGCAACAAAGACACUAUCUGGGCCAUAAUGAUGACGUCAAAUGUUUGGCCAUCCAUCCAGACAUGGUCACCAUAGCAACUGGACAAGUUGCCGGUACAUCCAAAGAUGGCAAACCUUUGCAGCCUCAUGUUCGUGUUUGGGAUUCUGUCAGUUUGAAUACGCUGCAUGUGAUAGGAAUGGGUGUGAUUGACCGUGCUGUCACCUGUGUGGCCUUUUCCAAAUCGAAUGGUGGUGCUCAUUUGUGUGCGGUUGAUGAUGCAAAUGACCACAUUUUGUCUGUUUGGGACUGGCAAAAAGAAAAACAACUAGCUGAAGUUAAGUGUUCAAAUGACUCUGUGCUGGGUGCUGUCUUCCAUCCUAUGGAGGCCAACUUGAUUGUCACUUGCGGGAAGUCUCAUAUCAACUUCUGGACAAUGGAAGGAAGCACAUUAACCAAACGCCAGGGACUGUUUGAGAAACAUGAGAAACCCAAGUAUGUGCUUUGUGUUGCCUUCGCUGAGAAUGGAGAUGCGAUUACAGGGGAUUCGAGUGGAAACAUCUACGUCUGGGCAAAAGGUGGACAGAAGAUCAGCCAGGUGGUUUCGGGAGCUCAUGAGGGUGGGAUCUUCUCUCUGUGUGUGCUGAAGGACGGAACGCUUGUGUCCGGUGGAGGAAAAGAUCGCAAAGUGCUGCUCUGGGACCAUGAUUACCGUAAAAAGAGCGAGAUUGAGGUUCCCGAGGCAUUUGGCCCCGUGCGCACUUUAGCGGAAGGAAAGCAAGAUGAACUAUUUGUCGGAACGACACGAAAUGCUGUUCUUCGGGGUUCCUUCUCUGGUUCCCUCACGCCCAUAGUUCAGGGUCACACUGAUGAGUUAUGGGGUCUGGAUGUUCAUCCCAGUACCGAACAGUUUGUGACGUGUGGUCAAGACAAGCAGGUUCAUCUCUGGGAUACCUGCACUCAUCUGCCUCUGUGGAGCAAGACCAUUGAGGACCCUGGUCGUUCUGUUGGGUUUCAUCCCAGUGGUGCUGUGCUUGCUGUGGGCACUAUGACAGGAAGGUGGCUGGUGCUGGACACCGACACACGUGAUCUUGUCUCUAUGCAUACAGAUGGCAAUGAAAUAAUCUCCAAUGUUAAAUAUUCUCCUGAUGGGGCGUACCUGGCCGUAGCAUCCCAUGACAAUUUUGUUUACAUCUACUCUGUUACUGAGAAUGGCCGGAAAUACAGUCGAGUUGGCAAAUGCACUGGACACUCCAGUUUUGUAACCCAUCUCGAUUGGUCCGUUGACAGCCAGUUCAUCGUAACCAACUCAGGCGACUAUGAGAUUUUGUUCUGGGAGGCAUCCAGUGGGAAGCACAUCACAAGUGCAGAUGCAGUACGUAACCUGGAGUGGGCCACCUCUACAUGUGUGCUGGGGUUCAGUGUGUUUGGCAUCUGGCCAGAAGGUGCUGAUGGCACAGACAUCAAUGCUGUGUGCAGGUCACAUGACAAACAACUGCUUGCCUCAGCUGAUGAUUUUGGCAAAGUGCACUUGUUCUCCAACCCCUGUUCCCAGCCAAGGGCUCCCAGCCAUAUCUAUGGUGGGCAUAGCAGCCAUGUGACCAACGUUGCCUUUCUCCAUGACGACAGUCAUCUUAUUUCUACUGGUGGGAAGGACACCAGCAUUCUUCAAUGGGUGCUUGCCUAGCAAUACAAUACCUGAGCAAUCCUGCUGCAACCUCACUGUAGAUUUCUGCCCAGUAGAGGGCAGCACUGCUGUGCCUAAUCUCCUUCUUCACUUUUUCAUCUGCUGUACUACUGUGUAUGUUAUUGGGUUUUCCAUUAAGAGGCCAGUUUUGUCACUUGUCCAGGUGUAAGUAAUGUGAUGAUCUGAGGGUUGGAAGCUGAUCUUAAUUCAAUGCUAAACUCUAUAAUGAAUUGAAUCGUGUACUUUGCUCACCACUAGAGGGUGCAGGAGAAUUUAAGCAUGAGAUGUUGACACUAUUUAAACCUAUUUAAAGAGUUUUAGCUGCUAUUUGUGUUGCUGAAGCAUAUAGAAAUAAUUAAUGCAGUUACGUAGUGGGAGUUGUAUUUUAUUAUCAGAAGUACAUACAGUAAUAAUGUUGUGGCACUUAGCUUUUGAUGCAUAUACUGUAGGGGUGAACUUAAGCCGUGCUUUGCCUUUUAUUUGUUAAUAAAGUUUCUCAUAUAGCA